AUGAUACAAUCAACGAUUGGUGACCUACUGGCGAAGAGAUCUGUAUGGGAGGAGGAUGUUAACUACGACCGUGCCGUAAUCGUUCAACUGACUAUCGGUUCUGCCAUGGUUUUCAUGAUGGUUAUAGGUCUGGCCUACCUUUAUUCUGGAUUAACCAGGCGUAAUUCUGCUCUAUCUAUGAUUUGGGUAUGUUAUAUGUCGUGUUGUGUUAUUUUCUUUCAAUGGUAUUUCUGGGGUUACUCGUUGGCUUUUAGUCCCACGGCGACUAAUAAGUUCAUUGGAAAUUUACACAACUUCGGUUAUCAGAACACUUACGGCUCUCUGACUCUGCAGGGAGAUUACCCUGAGAUGGCUUUUGCUAACUUCCAGGCAAUGUUCCUAUGCGUGACCACAGCCAUCUUUGUUGGUGCUGUUGCCGAGCGUGGACGUGUUAUGGUUUGUAUGAUUUUUGUCUUCUUUUGGGCUACCCUAUGUUAUUGUCCAAUUGCAUGUUGGGUUUGGAAUCCUAGUGGAUGGGCAGCUGAAUGGGGUGUCCUUGAUUACGCUGGAGGUGGACCUGUUGAGAUCGUUUCUGGUUUUUCGGGUUUCGUCUAUUCCUACUUUCUGGGACGUAGAAGGGAGCGAUUGCUUAUCAAUUUUCGUCCCCACAAUGUUUCAAUGGUAGCCUUGGGUACUGGUUUCCUGUGGUUUGGAUGGAUGGCUUUCAACGGUUUUACUUGUUUGAACCCAUCUCUUAAAUCUGUUUAUGCCAUCGUGAACACAAAUAUCACAGGUGCAUUUGGUGCUAUUUCCUGGUGUCUAUUAGACUGGCGUUUGGAGCGCCGUUUCAGUACUGUUGCUCUAUGCUCCGGUGCCAUUUCGGGCCUCGUGGCAGCAACUCCAGCCUCAGGUAUCAUUCCUCUUUGGGCCAGUGUUAUUCUUGGUAUUGUAUCAGGAGUGGUUUGUAACUACGCAACCAAGAUUAAAGUCAUUUGUCGAGUCGAUGAUUCCAUGGAUGUUCUAGCAGAGCACGGUAUCGCUGGUGUUAUUGGUCUCGUCUUCAACGCAUUAUUUGGGUCGGCUACUGUCAUUGGUUAUGAUGGCCUUACCGAGCACGAAGGUGGUUGGAUAGACCACAACUGGAAACAGUUGUACAAACAGAUUGCAUUCAUUUUUGCUUGUAUUGGAUACUCGAUGGCCAUCACCGCUCUUAUCUGUUUCAUCCUCAACCGUAUUCCAUUUUUGCAACUGCGAGCUUCAGAAGAGGCUGAGGAGAAAGGUAUGGAUGAGGAUCAGAUUGGAGAGUUCGCUUAUGACUACGUGGAAGUACGUCGUGAUUUUUUGGCUUGGGGAUCAGGCCCAAACAAUGGCUUCAAGGAGCCGGAAGUUCUGGAUCAGGUAGUUCCGGUUAAUGAUUUCAGCAGUGACCAGAAUGUGACUAAUGAGACCAACGAAUCUGAGAAGCAGUAG